AUGUUGAGAUCGCAGAGCAUCUCCAAUCUACCCGAGCAGAGAAAGUCCAGAACUGCCUCUGGCUUCUUUUCUUCGUUCAGAUCAAGAAAGACUUCUACCAACGAUUUGAACUCUAUGCUCAAAUCGCCCACGCCUCUCGAGAUAUCUGGCCCUAUUGCUACUACACAUUCUUCUAAUCCCAACAGAAAGCUCAGACCUUUAAGCUCUUCGGCUUCAUCCUUCAACCUUAGUGCUCCUGUAGUCGCUGGAGAUACCCCUAGACUUCCAAGCGUCGCAGUCUACCAUAACAAAAAUACCAAAAGCAGAGCUUUGAGGAUUGAAGAGUCGAAUAAGGAAAAUGUCUUAGAAGAGUUUGUACAUUCACUAGGAGAAAAGGAUCUUCCCAAAACCCCAACCAAAAACUCCCACAGAAGCCAUGCCCAUUAUUCGCCCACCAAGGAAUCUAGAAGUAGCUCACACACUCCGUUCUCUAUAUCUUCUGUUCAUUCUGCUUCUAUUGGUUCCAAACCGUCAAGAGCCCUUAAGUCCAGAUCCAGCGCUCCUAAUUUGAGCCCUGUGAAAGCCUCCAAUGUGAACAAAUCUCUCCUCACUCGCGGGCACAGAUCUCUGAUGUACUUAAAUGGCAUUGUUAAUGUACAACACAGAGAAAGGGAUGAAGAAGUACUUUUGGACAGAGAAAAGACUAAAUCAAGAGAUUCUCUUGGUGUAGAGUAUAACGGCAGGAUUUCACCCCCAUCUUCACAAAGCCUGGACUUGACUCCAGACUCCGUCAAUACUGUCGAUUCACUCUUGGACCAGACGUCCAUUCAGUUCAUCGACUUGGAAAACACAACUCAAGAGCUCGUGGACGACGAUAAUAUCAGCUACACCACUACACAAUCCUCGGGAAUGGAUGAAACUGUAGUGGAAGAGAACGAUCCUAAGGAGGUGGAGGCUCUCAAGCUCAACAUCAAGGCAAAGAAGAUACACCGUACAAACAACUCCUACAACAUAAACGAGUUUAUGAAGAUUAUCAACAACGACCAAGACAUAGAAACCAACAAAUUGCCCAUAAGCAACAGAAGAUCGUUGGAACUUGAAACCCAGGAAAGGAAAAACCUUGAAAACCUCCUAAACUCUGAGAUCGAAAUUGUUCACGACGAGUCGUUAGCAUCACACCUUUCUUUAGUGGAGAACGGUUUGUUCUUGACAGUCAGAGAAAAGAAACCCAACAAUCAGUUGACCUUCAUUGAAAAAUUAAUGGAAGACAUUGAUUACAAGCACCUCUUGAAGGAGGAAAGCUACGACUUCUACGACAGUAUUGGAGACGGUGUCGAUAACUUAGUCUUAAGAUUCUGA